AUGCGAUACCCCAUGUGCGACGCUCCCAAGCGGAGCACCCAAGGUGCAACCCCCUCAAGCGCGACACCCAUGUUCGAUGCUCCAGGGGCACAACACUGCAACAAGGUGAGAUACAUCUCCAUCACAUUGGAAGUGACAACAUGGCCCCUUUACCAAGGGUGGACAAAAGUGGACUCGCAGAAAUAUGAGGGCAACCUCGGCGAGACUCACCUCCCCCACUGCGGGAGUAGUAUCCUCAAUCUAUUGGACAUUGUUGCUCGACUAGCCCAUUGGACUAAGAAGAGGUGUCCCCACCUAAGGACAGGGGAGUAUAACCUUCCUCAAGGGAGAACUGAGCAAUGGAGGCAAACGAGCACGAUUGUCAACCUCAGCUUGGGGCAAGGUCUCGAAG